AAAUUGAAAAAAAAGGAUUUUGGUUUUAACUGAUACAGUGUAAAAAUGCUGGUAGAAAAAUUCAUUGCCCAUAAUAUACAGUAUUAGCAGUAAUAUAUGGUGGUUUACUUUCUCUAUGCUCCGCCCUCCUUGACCUUCCGAUUCCUGCAAUUCUUCACUGACUUCCUCCAGGAAGCUGUAACAACAAUCCCUCCUUUUUUGUUUGUUCAGAUAGUGUGUAUAGAUGUAUGUGUGUAUGUGUUCAUGUGUGACAAGAGAAACUCCACCUGCUGCAUUAUGUUAAAUUUGUUGAAACCAAACUUCAUAAUUUAAACCUGUGUUUCCUGGUUAUAUAAUCUUUCUACAUUUAUUCUGUUUUAUUGUGUAACUGAUGACCUUACAUUUGCCCUCACUGUAAUAGCAUAUUAUCUUAUUCUUAUUGCUCUGUGUGGAAUCAAUCAAAAGUCAAUCAAAUCCUGAGUUGAAAAAUUAUCAAAAUUACAAAUCAGGUUUGGUAAAAGUCUAAUGUCACACUUUCCUGAGAGAGGCACUGAUUGUGUGAAGGAAAUGAGCUUGCCCUAUCAAGACACAGCACACUUCCUGUCCUGAACGGUGGGGGGAUCUGAGGGGUGAGGGCUAAGUCUGACACUCAGCAGUGUGUCAGAGCAGAGAAAAAAGUCAUAAGAGCAUUGGCAGGACGGAGAAGUGAAGGAAUCAAACUCAAGGGACAGCAUCGAUAAUGGGGGAGGAGUCAGGAAAAAUGGCGUCUUGGGUCAUUUACUUAAUUUUUAUCAUCUUUUCUGGGAAACAUUGCGUGAAGGCAUCACUGCCAACCUACACCUUCCACAACAACAACGUCAACUUUGAGCAGGCAGCAGCACUGUGUUCCCCUGGCGUCCUAACCACCCUCGCCACCAUGCAGGAGGUCACCGAGAUCCUACGACUCAUCUCUGAGGGGUCGAGGCCUCAGGGUAAAGCCACCUUCUGGAUUGGACUGAAGAAAGCUAAAGAAACCUGUGUUAUUUCCUCGCUGCCUCUGAGAGGGUUCCACUGGACAGAAGAUGGCAGCACGGACUCUGAGGUGAACCGCUGGACCAAGGAACCGGUGGAAACUUGCACCGCGGCUCGUUGUGGUACCCUACAGGUGCAGCUGGAUGGUUCUGCUGCCCCCAAGUGGGGUUUGGUUGCAGUCACCUGUAAGAACGCAUCGGUCUAUCCCUUUAUCUGCAAACUAAAAGAACGUGACAACUCUAAACCUGAUCCACCCAACCCAGGACCUGUAUCUUUGCCACAUCAACCUGAUUCACCUGAAUAUAAACCAGCUGCACCACAACCACAUCAUCCUGAUCAACCAGAACCAACAGCACCAGGACAACAUAAACUUGAUCCAGUUGUACUAAUACCUGCUCCAACUGAGCACCAUGAACCAGAAGCACCUAAACAAGAACCAGAGACACCAGAACCACCUAGAUACAGUACCCCUGAACCUGAAUAUCCAAUUGGUAAACCAGAGUUAGGAACCCACGUGGAAGCUAAUGUUGAAUCCAAUUUAGGACCAGGUUCUAAACCCAGUUCUGGCCUCAGACCUGGUAUAUGGUCCAAUGACUGUCAGAACCCCAUCAUCCCUGGGUCCCGCUCCCUCAGUCCAGACCCUAAUAACAGCAGCCGUAUGCUGGUGGAGUGCUGGUCCACGGUCCAGGUGAAGCUCCAGUGCCAAGGCCGUCCUGCGACCUGGCAUCUCCUGAGUGACACUCCUGCUAACUUCACCACCCUCUGCAAACCAUGCAGCAUAGGAUUUCACAAAGACAUCUCUGGAGUUUGCAAAGAUGUUGACGAGUGCAGCGGCGCCCCCUGCAGACACACUUGUCUGAACACCAGGGGUUCAUACCGCUGUGUCUGCUAUGACAAGAACGGGAAGCACCACGAGGAGGGCUCCACAGAGUGCAUGGACAUGGUUACAGAGGGCGGGGCUCUGUCAGGGAUCUGGGUCCCAGUGCUGAUUGCUGUGGGGGCGCUGGUUGUCCUGGUGGUGGCUGUGGUGGUGAUUGUGAAGUGUUAUUUAAUGUCAAAGAAAAAAAGAAAAGAAGGAGAUGGACAAUGAAAAUAGACUUUUAUAAACUGGAGAAAUUGUCACUGGUCAAAGAAGUUUGUUUUUUGUUUUGUUUUGUUUUUUCAAAUUAAGUUGUUCAUUUUUGUUCUAAGGAAGUUACUUCAGACUGGCUCUGGUUGUCUGAAUAAAAUAAAGCUAUCUUUUUAAAAAAAAUGAUUAUGCCAAGAAAAAAAA